GGGCUGGAGCGGCGGGAGUCUGCGGUAUCAGUCCGGGUGGUGGCCUGGCCUGCACGCGCGCGGUGCUUUGCGGUGCAGUGCAGUGCGGUGCAACAUGGCCGACGCAGAAGUAAUCGCUCUGCCAAAGAAGCAUAAGAAGAAAAAGGAUCGGAAGUCAUUACAAGAAGAAGAUGUUGCUGAAAUACAACAUGCUGAAGAAUUUCUUAUCAAACCAGAAUCCAAAGUGGCUCAGUUGGACACAUCCCAGUGGCCUCUGCUGCUCAAGAACUUUGAUAAACUGAACGUAAGGACAACCCACUAUACACCUCUUCCAUGUGGUUCCAACCCUCUAAAGAGGGAGAUUGGGGACUAUAUCAGGACAGGCUUCAUUAACCUUGACAAGCCUUCUAACCCCUCUUCUCAUGAGGUGGUAGCCUGGAUCCGACGAAUCCUCCGUGUGGAGAAGACGGGGCACAGUGGCACACUGGACCCCAAGGUGACUGGCUGCUUAAUUGUGUGCAUAGAACGAGCCACUCGCUUGGUGAAAUCACAGCAGAGUGCAGGCAAAGAGUAUGUGGGAAUUGUCCGGCUGCACAAUGCUAUCGAAGGGGGGACCCAGCUUUCUAGGGCUCUAGAAACUCUGACGGGCGCCCUAUUCCAGCGACCCCCACUUAUCGCUGCGGUGAAGAGGCAGCUCCGGGUGAGGACAAUCUAUGAGAGCAAAAUGAUUGAAUACGACCCUGAGAGAAGGUUAGGAAUCUUCUGGGUGAGUUGUGAGGCCGGCACCUACAUUCGGACGCUGUGUGUGCAUCUGGGUUUGUUGCUGGGUGUUGGUGGACAGAUGCAGGAACUUCGGAGGGUUCGUUCUGGAGUCAUGAGUGAGAAGGAUCACAUGGUGACAAUGCAUGAUGUGCUCGAUGCUCAGUGGCUGUAUGACAACCACAAGGAUGAGAGUUACUUACGGCGAGUUGUUUACCCUUUGGAAAAGCUGUUGACAUCUCAUAAGCGGCUGGUUAUGAAGGACAGUGCGGUCAAUGCUAUAUGCUACGGGGCCAAGAUCAUGCUUCCAGGUGUUCUCCGCUAUGAAGACGGCAUUGAGGUCAACCAAGAGAUCGUGGUCAUCACCACCAAGGGGGAAGCGAUUUGCAUGGCUAUUGCGUUAAUGACCACGGCCGUGAUCUCUACCUGCGACCAUGGUAUAGUGGCCAAGAUCAAAAGAGUGAUCAUGGAGAGGGACACCUACCCUCGGAAGUGGGGCUUAGGGCCCAAGGCAAGUCAAAAGAAGAUGAUGAUUAAGCAAGGCCUUCUGGACAAGCACGGAAAACCCACCGACAGCACCCCUGCCACGUGGAAGCAAGAGUACGUGGACUAUAGUGAGUCGAGCAAGAAGGAAGUGGUUGCUGAAGCAGUGAAAACACCACAGGCAGUUGCUGAUGUGGCCAAGGCCCCACAGGUGUUUGCUGAGGCAGGAAAGGUCACAAAGCGGAAACGAGAGAGUGAGAGUGAAAGUGAGGAGACCCCUGUAGCAGUCCCCAAAUUGUCCAAGAAGGAGAAGGAGAAGAAGAAAAAGAAGAAGGACAAGAAGGCCAAAGACGUACAGGAGAGCGGGGCUGAGCCUGGAGACGGGGACAGUGACACUGCCAAGAAGAAGAAGAAGAAGAAGAAAGCCAAAAUGGUGGAAGUGGCAUCCGAGUAGCCAAGGCUACUUUGAGCAGUGUGUCCAGGCUGCAGGAGAGAUGGAAGCCUCACUGAGAAAAUGGUUCCUUUGGUUGCUGCGGGGGUGAAGCAAAAGAUCCUGCACAGGGUGAAGAGUCCCGGCACUUGAGCUGCUCUUUAGACCCCUCAAUGGUGUCACCUGGCGUGCUUGUCCCCACUUGUCCUGUUUUAAGGACAUGGGUGACAGAGGAGGCACUUUUUAUGCCACUGACGUGUGUGGGUUGGGAUGCUCCACCUUCAGACCCAGUGCUGCCCGCUGACUGUGGCGCCCACUGACGGCCAUUUUUAGCAUUGUGAUCCUCCUAGUUUGCUUUUUUCUUACCCCCUUUAAAGUUUGUAAAGACUAUUCAGUGAAUUGGUAAUAGAACCACCACUAAGUGAAAGCAGCUGACCGGCAUUGCUCACUGGGAAAGCCUUGUCUCUGACGUCCUCUGAGGACUGGUGUGUUCUGGUGGUGGGGUGGUGUCCCUUUGUUUCUGGCCCAGCUGUUGGUCCCGUGUGCACUUCAGAGCCUGUGUGUACAGCAGUGUUCACCCAAACCAUGUGGCUACUGUGUUUGUGGUGGAAACCAAGCAGUUCUGCAUUUUAACCCUCAUUUACUUUUGAGGAAUGAAUUUGUUCAUUAUUAGGAGAAGAACGUGAUUUUUACAUGUUAAAGUUGAAUCAUGACUUUUUUUUAAGUAUUCCUGUUGGGUUUUAUAAUUUUAAGUGAUCUCAAACUGGCAAAGCAAAAUAUAUAAAGUUAUUUUCAUUAAAAAUAUGGGGACUUUUCUGUCCAAUUUGAAGUUUGGUUUUCUUUUGUUUGGCUUGUUUUAUAUUUCUUUGAUUCUGUCUUUCAACACUCCCCUUGGGACCUGUCCCCUGGGCAGAGGGGUGG